CAAGAAGAAUUUAAUCAUUGAAAGUUUCAGAACACAACAGGUUUUUCACUUAGAAGGCAACUAAACAACUACAACCAUGGUUGAAGGUGGCAUGAAAUGUGUCAAAUACUUGCUAUUUGCAUUCAACUUGAUAUUUUUUUUGGCUGGACUUGGUCUGAUUAUUGCUGGAGUAGUUGUACAAACUACAUUCAAGGACUAUGUUGAUUUCCUGGGUGGCCAGUUUAGUGCGGCGGCCAUUGUGCUGGUUGUUGUUGGGGUGAUCAUCUUCAUUGUUGGAUUCUUUGGCUGCUGCGGAGCAUGGAAGGAGAACUACUGCAUGACAAUGACAUUCGCUGCCCUUUUGACAAUCAUCUUCAUCGUGGAGAUUGCAGUUGGUAUUGCAGCUUAUGUAAUGAGAGACCAGGUCAGGACUAUCAUCCAGGAGAAGAUGAGUGAAGGUAUGCAGAACUACGGAAAAUCUGGAAAAGAUGGCGUCACACAAAUAUGGGAUAAGAUCCAGCAGGAUUUCCAAUGCUGCGGUACCAACAACUACACUGACUGGGCAGGCUACAACUUAACUGCAACUGUCAACAAUGUAACUACACCUAUCACAGCACCUGCCUCUUGCUGUGAUUCAAAGAUAUUUAAAACUGAGCCUACCUGUGCAAGCACUGUUGCAAACCUCAGUGGGACCCCUAAGGGGCGAGGAUGCUUGUCAGGAUUCGAGGACUGGAUUAAGAAAAACAUAAUCAUCAUUGGAGGCGUAGGAAUUGGACUUGCCUUUGUACAGGUCCUUGGCAUCAUCCUGGCCUGUUGUCUCGGACGUACCAUCAAGAAAGAGUAUGAAGUCGUAUAA